GAAUUCGUCGAGAGCUAAUUAUGUACUAUCCCCUGGAGUGCGUUUUGACCGAAUCCGGUAAAUGCCAAGGCGCGUAAUGUCCUAGCCCAAGGUGGUAGGGUCACUUUCGCCCUUUCCCUCGAGUAGCCGGCCGAUCAGUGGUGGUGGAGUGCACAUAUAAAUGAUGAGUUCGCAGUAAGUCGGGUUACAACGGGUGGCUUACUGUCCUAUCAGUCAACAUGUGUCAAAGUAAACCUGCUUAUCCGUGUGAAAGUUCGCGGCCGUCCGACAGAAGAAACAGUAAUUGAGGGAGAGAGAGAGAGGGCGCGAGGGAGAGGGUUAGAGGCAGAGCAGGUUUAUGCUAAUCACUCUCGGAGGAGGAGAGGCGCUGUGGAGCGGAGCCAUUUUGUAAUCAUUUUAAAGUUAUCGUGGAAUUAAGAAGUUUGGACAAGUUGGAUUCAAGUACGGGCUGGGGGCACCUCAACUUAGGAACGCAAGAAGCCAGAUGGGAGGUAAAGUCGCGAUUGCGUUGAGCCCGGGGAACGAGAGUAAAUGAGUUUUCCAGGUGCCUGCGCUCAGCUGCGCGAAUACUGACGGAGUUUUUCCUCCUUUCCUCACCUUUUUGCCAUGGAGCUGCCGGUGCACUGGAUUUGCUUGGGCUUUUUAUUUCAGAUACCCACGCGAGGAUGCUUCGAGUUGCACGUUUCGGAUACUUCACGUACCGGUUCCGUGCUAGCCAAUGUCUCCGUGGGAGCGAAAUGGACUUACGGCAUCGAGCGGAUACUAACGCCUCGAUACGUGCGGGACUUUGUGACAUUGGACCCGGUGGACGGGCUGCUGCGGAUUUCGCGUAGGGUACAGUGCGCGCUGCUUGCCGCCAAUCCGGCUCCUCUCUACCUGAAGGCGAGGGCCGCACAAUCGCCAGACUUCAUCCUUACGCACUUUAACACUUUUGUUCACGGCCAGGACUGUUUCAUUAAGUACAGGCGAAAGGCUUUCACAGGUAAGCCGGACGUUUCUAUCACUCACACUGUUCAGUUAGGAGCGGCUACCUGCGUCUCCAGUGGCAGAUCGCUGCUGAUUUUAAGCGAACACUUGCCUGUCUUUGCAAGACACGUCGACUUUGCUAAAGUUCUUUGUACCGACUUGAACUCGCAGGUGGCGUUGAGUAACAACAGUUUAGUGCUGCUAGAGGACGUGUGCCUGACUGCCGGCAAAUCAAGCUUGAUUGACGUAGUGUGUACCGUUCACGGAGAUCGCUUUAGAGUGCGUAUCACCCUGCGCCUGCUAAGUAGCCGGGCACGCUGGGCGGUCACGGACCCCAGGAGUGCAAGAGCAAGAAUGAAAAGAAGUCUUAAUAACAGCCCUAAAUUCCAGCUGCCCAGCUAUCAGGUGUCAGUACCUGAAAAUAAGCCGGCAGGGGCCCAAGUCAUUACGGUGAAAGCCAAUGAUCCUGAUGAGGGUGAGGCUGGCAGGAUUGUUUACUCCAUGGAGGCCAUGUUUUUCAUUCGCUCCAUUGACUUCUUCACCAUAGACCCGCAGUCUGGAACCAUCACCACCACCCAGCCUCUAGACAGGGAGGUCAAGGAUACCCACGUGUUCAAGGUGACCGCUACAGAUAAUGGAUCACCUGUUAAGUCUGCCGUUACCUAUUUGACUGUUACAGUCAGCGACACCAAUGACCACCCACCGAUCUUUGAGCAGUCCGACUACAAAGUCAGUAUCCGAGAGAACAUGGAGGUCGGCUUUGAGGUGAUAACAAUCAGGGCAACGGAUGGCGAUGCCCCCUCGAACGCGAACAUGAUCUAUAGGAUUGUCAACGGGGAUGGGACCAACUCUGCCUUUGAGAUUGAUUCACGCUCUGGUCUUGUCAAAGUCAAGGUUCGCCCAGACAGGGAGACAGUAUCAGAAUAUCAUCUUAUAGUUGAGGCAAAUGAUCAAGGAAAAGACCCUGGGCCUAGGAGUGCCACUGCAACUGUGCACAUCACAGUAGAAGAUGAAAAUGACAACUGCCCACAGUUUAGCGAGAAAAAGUAUGUCGUCCAGGUGCCUGAGAAUGUUUCUGUAAGCACCAAAAUCUUGCAAGUUGAGGCCACAGAUAAAGACAAAGAUAUCAAUGCUCAGGUGCAUUACAGCAUAAUAAAUGGAAAUAACAGGGGACACUUUUAUAUUAACCCUCUGUCAGGUGUCAUUGAUGUUAUUAACCCUUUAGAUUACGAGAAUAUCAGAGAGUACAACCUAAGAAUAAAAGCUCAGGAUGGAGGACGGCCACCUCAGAUAAACAGUAGUGGUCUGGUUGUCGUGCAGGUAGUGGAUGUAAAUGACAAUGCCCCAAUGUUUGUCAGCACACCUUUCCAGGCCAGUGUCUUGGAAAAUGUGCCGAUUGGCUAUUCUGUGAUACACAUACAGGCUGUUGAUGCUGACUCUGGAGAGAACUCUCGCUUGGAGUAUAGACUGAUAGAGACUUUGCCAGACUUCCCUUUUACAAUAAAUAACAGCACUGGAUGGAUUACGGUAUUUAUAGAACUAGAUAGGGAAACAACUGAUUAUUACAACUUUGGUGUUGAAGCAAGGGACCAUGGGAAACCUGUCAUGACCUCCUCUGCUAGCGUAAGCAUUACCAUUUUGGAUGUAAAUGACAACAUUCCCACAUUCAAUGAAAAAAACUACUACCUUCGGAUCAAUGAGGAUGCUCUAGUGGGAACCAGCGUUCUUACUGUCACCGCCAUUGACAGAGAUGUUAACAGUGUGGUGACCUAUCAGAUUUCAGGUGGUAACACACGCAACCGAUUUGCCAUCACCAGUCAGAGUGGUGGGGGUCUGAUAACAUUAGCCUUGCCUUUGGAUUAUAAGCAGGAGAGGCAGUAUGUUCUGACUAUCACAGCCUCUGAUGGGACCCGUUUUGACACUGCUCAGGUCUUCAUUAAUGUCACUGAUGCCAAUACUCACAGGCCUGUGUUUCAGAGUGCCAACUAUCAGGUCAGCAUCAGUGAGGACAAACCUAUUGGUUCUACUGUGGUUGUAAUCAGUGCAACAGAUGAGGACACAGGAGAGAAUGCUCGGAUCACUUAUGUCAUGGAAGAUAAUAUUCCUCAGUUUAAGAUUGAUCCAGAUACAGGGGCAAUCACCACUCGGAUGGAGCUUGACUAUGAGGAUCAGCUUUCUUAUACUCUGGCCAUUAUUGCAAGGGACAAUGGAAUUCCUCAGAAGUCUGACACAACCUAUGUGGAGAUUAUGAUCCUCGAUGCUAACGAUAAUGUCCCUCAGUUCUUAAGGGAGAUGUACCAAGGCACUGUUUUUGAGGAUGCACCUUUGUACACCAGUGUCCUUCAGAUAUCUGCGUCCGAUAGGGAUGAGGGUCCCAAUGGAAGAGUUAGUUACACGUUUCAGGGUGGUGAUGACGGUGAUGGGGAUUUUGUUAUAGAGCAGUUCUCUGGCAUUAUAAGAACAGCUAGGAAGUUGGACCGUGAAAAUGUCCCUGUUUAUAAACUGAAGGCUUAUGCUGUUGACAGGGGAGUACCUCCAUUAAAAGCUCCAGUGGAUAUUCACAUCUCUGUGCUGGAUAUUAAUGACAACCCCCCUGUGUUUGAACAUGAUGAAUUUGAUAUCUUUGUACAGGAAAACAGGGCUGUGGGUUCAGUUGUGGCAAGAAUAACUGCUACUGACCCAGACGAAGGAACCAAUGCUCAAAUCAUGUACCAGAUUGUGGAAGGGAAUAUUCCAGAGGUGUUUCAGUUGGAUAUUUUUAAUGGUGAUCUCAUUGCAUUGACCGAUUUGGAUUAUGAAAGUAAAACUGAGUACGUAAUUGUAGUUCAGGCAACUUCAGCACCACUGGUCAGUCGGGCCACAGUUCACAUUCGGCUUUUGGAUGUAAAUGACAAUGACCCUGUGCUGCAGGACUUUGAAAUAAUUUUUAACAACUAUGUCACCAACAAAUCCAAUAGCUUCCCUUCUGGGGUAAUUGGAAAAAUUCCCGCAUUUGACCCAGAUGUGUCAGAUAAGCUUCACUAUGCUUUUAUUGAGGGCAACGAUUUGAAUCUUUUAAUACUUAACCAGGAUACAGGAGACCUGAAACUGAGUCGUGACUUGGAUAACAACAGGCCCUUGGAAGCGAGUAUGAAGGUGUCAGUCACAGAUGGUGUCCAUGAAGUAACAGCUUGGUGUACACUACGUGUGACCAUCAUCACAGAUGAUAUGCUAACCAACAGCAUCACGGUGCGGUUGGAGAACAUGUCUCAGGAGAAAUUCCUUUCACCUCUCCUCUCACUUUUUGUGGAAGGUGUCGCUGCUGUUCUGUCUACUACCAAAGAUGGUAUUUUUAUCUUCAAUAUUCAGAAUGACACUGAUGUUCAUACAAAUAUCUUAAAUGUCACCUUCUCUGCUUUGCUGCCUGGUGGACUUCGUAAUGAGUUUUUCCCCUCAGAAGAUCUCCAGGAGCAGAUUUACCUAAAUCGAACUCUCCUCACUAUGAUAUCCACCCAAAGAGUGCUGCCUUUUGAUGACAACAUUUGUUUACGGGAGCCAUGUGAGAACUACAUGAAAUGUGUCUCAGUUCUCAAGUUUGACAGUUCCGCUCCUUUCAUCAGCUCCAACACUGUUUUGUUUCGCCCCAUUCAUCCUAUUAAUGGCUUGCGAUGCAGGUGCCCCCCUGGAUUUACUGGAGACUACUGUGAGACUGAAAUAGAUCUCUGCUAUUCCAAUCCUUGCAAGAACAAUGGUCGCUGCAAGAGUAGGGAAGGGGGCUAUACCUGUGAAUGUUUAGAAGAUUUUACAGGUGAUGACUGUGAAGUGAACGCUCGUGUUGGACGCUGUACUCCCGGGGUGUGCAAGAAUGGGGGUACAUGUGUCAAUCUGCUAGUGGGUGGAUUCAAGUGUGUCUGCCCUUCUGAUGAGUUUGAGCGCCCUUAUUGUGAGGUGACGACAAGAAGUUUUCCUCCACAAUCAUUCAUCACUUUCAAGGGACUGCGGCAGAGAUUUCAUUUCACCAUUUCUCUCAUGUUUGCAACUAGAGAAAGUAAUGCUUUAUUGCUUUACAAUGGAAGAUUUAAUGAGAAACAUGAUUUCAUUGCCCUUGAAAUCAUAGAGGAGCAGAUUCAACUGACCUUCUCAGCAGGUGAAGCUACAACUACAGUAGCUCCUUACAUGCCAGGAGGCGUCAGUGAUGGUCAGUGGCAUUCUGUUCAGGUGCACUACUACAAUAAGGAUAGCCUGCAUCUUCUUGAUUCCAGUGGGGUCCUGCAUGUACCCAUUUAUACCGCAUGGCUGGAACUGAAACACAAGGAGCCUAAUAUUGGAAGAUUAGGUAUUCCUCAUGGGCCAUCUGGUGAGAAGGUUGCGGUCGUUACUGUGGAUGACUGUGACACAGCCAUAGCAGUGCGCUUUGGUAAUAUGAUUGGAAACUACUCAUGUGCAGCUCAAGGAACUCAAACUGGUUCAAAAAAGUCAUUAGACCUAACUGGCCCCCUGCUGCUUGGUGGUGUCCCAAAUCUCCCAGAGGAUUUCCCAGUACGAAAUAGAGAAUUUGUUGGCUGCAUGAGAAACUUAACAAUUGACAGCAAACCCAUUGACAUGGCCAGCCACAUAGCUAACAAUGGAACAAUUGCAGGCUGUGCUGCAAAGAAAAACUUUUGUAGUAUAAAUAUAUGUCAGAAUGGUGGAACUUGUGUGAACAAGUGGAAUACAUAUAGCUGUGAGUGCCCUCUUGGCUAUGGAGGAAAAAACUGUGAACAAGUGAUGCCUUUUACCAUGCAUUUUGAAGGGCAAAGCAUGAUAUUCUGGAACGAGCCAGACAUCACUAUUUCUGUGCCUUGGUACACUGGCCUAAUGUUUAGAACGAGGCAAAGUAAUGGAAUGUUAAUGCAAGUAAAUGCUGGAACCUCUUCAAAGAUUGUCUUAAUGAUAAUGAACAGUUACCUACAGUUUGAAGUAUACCGUGAAGUGACACAAAUAGCAGAUUUAAAGCUUAGUCAAAUCAAAGUGAAUGAUGGGGACUGGCAUCAUUUACUUAUUGAACUGAAGAGUAUCAAGGAUGGAAAGGAUAUAAAAUAUCUAGCUGUGUUGUCUCUAGAUUAUGGAAUGUACCAGAAGAGUGUGGAAAUUGGGAAUGACUUGCCAGGGUUAAAACUACAAAGCCUAUUUGUUGGGGGCCUUUUCAAAGAUGAUAAAAGUGUUCAUCAGGGAUUUGUUGGUUGCAUGCAGGGCCUAAGAAUGGGAGAGACAUCCACAAACAUUGUCACUUUAAAAAUGGAUGAUGGGAUUCAAUUUCAAGUUCGAUCAGGAUGUGAUAUAAGUGACCCAUGUAGCGCAAGGCCAUGUCCUGAACAUAGCCAGUGCAGUGAUGAGUGGAAUACCUACACCUGUAUUUGUGACCCAGGGUACUUUGGCAAAGACUGUGUGGAUGCAUGUACAUUUAAUCCAUGUGAACACGUCUCAACUUGUGUCCGUAAGCCAAAUUCUUCUCAUGGAUACUCCUGUGAAUGUGGUCAGAAUUACUACGGGCAAUACUGUGAAAACAAGGUGGAUCAGCCAUGUCCACGAGGUUGGUGGGGUAGCCCAAUCUGUGGACCCUGCAGAUGUGACACUAAUAAGGGAUUUGAUCCUGACUGUAACAAGACAUCUGGAGAAUGCCGGUGUAAGGACAACUAUUACAGGCCAAAAAACAGUGACACCUGUUUCCCAUGUGACUGCUUUUCUUUGGGAUCUCACAGCAGAACCUGCCAUGAUGAGACAGGGCAAUGCUCAUGUAAAGCUGGUGUGGUUGGACGACAGUGCAAUCUUUGCGAUGGGCCAUUUUCAGAGGUCACUAAUACUGGAUGUGAAGUAAUUUAUGAUGGUUGCCCCAAGUCAUUUAAUGAAAGCAUUUGGUGGCCAAGAACUAAGUUUGGACGUCCAGCAGCUAUGAACUGCCCCAAAGGAUCAAUUGGAACAGCAGUCCGGCAUUGCAAUGAGGAAAAAGGCUGGCUGCGACCAGAGCUCUUCAACUGCACUACUAUCACCUUUUCUGAGCUAAAAACUAUGAAUGAGAAGAUGUUCCGCAAUGAAACAAAAAUGGAUGGCGACAAGUCAUUAAAUAUUGCCAGGAUACUGAGGAACGCAACAAAGCACACUGAUCGUUUCUAUGGAAAUGAUGUUAAGACUGCUUACCAGUUGUUAAUGCAAAUUCUCCAGUAUGAGAGCAAACAGCAGGGUUUUGACCUGGCUGCAACAAAAGAUGUGGAUUUCAAUGAGAAUUUAAUUAUGGCUGGAAGUGCUAUCCUAGACCCCACAAAUAAAGAACACUGGGAUCAGAUUCAGAGAACAGAGGGGGGUACAGCUCAUCUUCUGAAACAUUUUGAACAAUAUGCCAACAAUGUGGCUCAAAACAUGAGGAAGACAUACCUAAAGCCGUUUACUAUUGUAACACCUAAUAUGAUUAUUGCAGUUGAUUUUCUGGACAGUUCUAACCCAGUGAGUGCCAAAAUUCCAAAGUUUGAAGAAAUUCGACAAGAAUAUCCAAAAGAUCUUAAAUCCACUGUGUAUUUUCCAGAUGCUGUCUUCAGACUACCAGAAAACAAAGUAAACCCCAAAGAAAUGCCAGCAAAGACAAAUUCUCCAGAUACAGAUGACGCCUCUGCCAAGCGAAAGAGAAGACACCAGGAUACAGCCUCUGCCCAUAUAGUAGCAAUGGUGAUCAUCUACAGGUCACUUGGACAACUCCUGCCAGAGCGCUAUGAUCCUGACAGGAGGAGUCUGAGGUUACCCACAAGACCCGUCAUUAAUACUCCCAUUGUGAGCACCACAGUCCACAGUGAAGGGGAUCCUCUGCCCAGUCAGCUAGAACAACCCAUCACACUGGACUACACUCUAUUGGAAACAGAGGAAAGGACCAAGCCUGUCUGUGUUUUUUGGAAUCACUCAAUUGCCAUCGGUGGAACAGGAGGAUGGUCUUCUAAGGGUUGUGAGCUUGUCUCCAGGAACACAACACAUGUUACCUGUCACUGUAAUCACAUGACCAGUUUUGCAGUACUCAUGGAUAUCUCCAAAAGAGAACAUGGGGAGGUUCUUCCACUGAAGAUUGUUACAUAUACUACAGUAUCUAUAUCCUUGGUAGCAUUGCUUGUGACAUUUAUUUUACUCAUCAUCAUCAGGACUCUACGAUCAAAUCUUCAUAGCAUUCAUAAGAACCUUGUAGCUGCUCUCUUCUUUUCUGAGCUUGUCUUCCUCAUUGGAAUAAAUCAAACUGAUAAUCAGUUUGUAUGCACAGUGAUUGCUAUCCUGCUUCACUAUUUCUACAUGUGCACAUUUGCCUGGAUGUUUGUAGAGGGUCUGCACAUCUAUCGCAUGCUGACUGAAGUAAGGAAUAUCAACCAUGGGCAUAUGAGGUUCUAUUAUGCCAUUGGCUGGGGGAUUCCUGCCAUCAUAACAGGUCUUGCUGUGGGAUUGGACCCUCAGGGUUAUGGAAAUCCAGACUUUUGCUGGCUCUCUGUUCAUGAUACAUUGAUAUGGAGCUUUGCUGGUCCAAUUUCUCUUGUAGUGCUUACAAACAUAGUCAUAUUUGUGUUGGCUGCAAAAGCCUCUUGUGGAAGAAAGCAGAGGUCACGAGAAAAGACUGGGGUCAUCUCUGGCCUGCGCACUGCUUUCCUGUUGCUGCUACUGAUCAGCGCAACUUGGCUGCUUGGGUUAAUGGCAGUUAACAGUGAUGUGAUGACUUUUCACUACCUCUUUGCAAUUUUCAGCUGUUUGCAGGGAAUAUUCAUCUUCUUCUUCCACUGUAUAUUUAAUAAAGAAGUUCGAAAGCACUUAAAGAAUACACUAACAGGAAAGAAACCUCAGGUGGAUGAAUCUUCAACUACACGCACCUCACUAUUAACUCGCUCCUUGAACUGCAACAACACAUACACCGAUGAACCAAAUAUGUAUCGAACUGCCAUCGGAGAAUCCACUGCUUCCCUUGACAGCACUGUCAGGUCAGCCAAGAGCCACAGUACCUAUCUUGCUUACAUGCUCAGGGAUGACUCUGCUCAAAAACCUAGUGUUUCAUCCAGUACAGCAAGAGUGGGGCACACAGAAGGAGACUCUUCUAUAUUCCACCGCAAUGCAACUAAAGCUAAUGUUCACGAAUCCGAUUCUGAUAGUGAGCUAUCUGUUGAUGAACACAGCAGUUCCUAUGCAUCAUCACAUUCUUCUGAGAGCGAAGAUGAUGAAAUCAAUAUGAAGUCAAAAUGGAAUCCCUCAACACCAAAAAACAAUGAAAGACAACCAUUACACAGUACACCAAAAGAUCCAGUAUCCAAUCAUGUGAAGGCAAACUGGCCAGUGGAAUGUGCAACAGCUAGUGAUAGUGAGGAGCAUGGAGACACAGAUCCUCUGAAGGUGGAAACUAAAGUGAAUGUGGAGCUUCACCCAGAAAAUAAAUUAAAUCACACAGAGGAACCAGCACAAGAAAAAGACGUAUCAGUAAAAGAGACAGAAUCUAUACAUCAGCAGAACUCCAAUCAUCAGCCAGAACAAAGAAAAGGCAUUCUUAAAAAUAAAAUCAACUACCCACCACCACUGAAAGAUAAGAAUAUGAAAAACCGACUUCGAGAAAAACUUUCAGAUUACAAUCCACCAACCAAUUCAUCACGGAAAUUAUCUAUAGGGUCCAAUGAUGGAAUCCGAUCAGUCUCUGGCCCUGGACUACUUAUUAAACAACCACAUAGGCAAAAUUCAAGAGAACAGCAAAAUGGAGUAAUUCUGAAUGUCAGAGCUGGAACAGUAAAUGGAGAUACAUCUGACUCAGAAGGAAGUAAUGAAACUUCAAUCUGAUUCACCAGGAACUCUAAAGGACUAUUGCCUGCCUAAGUGGACUGGAAGGGUUGCCUUCCUCUCCGGCUGGACCCUGCUCCCUGCACCUCACUGGGAACAUGUAAACUCCUGUGGAGAUGAGUAUUACUGCAGACUUGUGCCUGCUUGAAAAGGGAACAUAGAUAAUUAUGCCAGUGGGGAAGUGGAAAGGGAAAUGUGAAUAGUGCCAAACUACGCAAAGAAGGGACUGACCACUAUGAAACACAGUGGAUAAAGACUAUCAGCUUAAACACCAGGGCAGCACAAAUGUCUGCCAUAUGCUGCUGUAACUCUCUACUGCCUUGUUACUGUUUAAUCACUAGCUUGGUAAAUUUAAAGAGGGCAGAGAUGGCAGCCAAUCUGGAUGCACUUCUAGAGGACUCCUAGGAGAGCUUUGCAGAGACUUGAUCUUCUUUGAGGAGACCAGCAACGUUCUCAUCCCAAGUGCCGCUUUUAAGUCUUGUUUGCUUUAAAAUGUCUUACAUGAAAAGCCUUUUAUGUAUAAUACAACUGUAGAUACCUUUUAUACUUUUUGUAUGGCAGUUGUUUCAUAGAAAAAAGUUAAUGUGUAUAAUUGUAAAAUUGUUUCAGUUUUUGUAUAAUAUGGUUAUAGCAGAUGUUUAAGUCAGAUGAAUAUUUGCUGUUCUUUGUUCUGAUUGCACAAUUAUACUUGAAGUUGAGUUGUCCAGAUUGAUAUAAUAGUAAAAAUUAAAAUAUUAUGGUGUUAUAAUAAUACACUGUGUAAUUUCCCUUAUGUUACUGCAUUCCAAAUUAAGAAAUGUCCCCAACAGAAAAAGUAUGAUAGAAAGAUUUACUAGAGGCCAUGUAGAAGAGGAUUCUUAUGCUUUUUUCGCCUAAUUUAUUUUUGUACCUGUUCAAAGGGCACAAGAAAGAUGCCAACCACUACUCUUAGAACUGUAGCCAGUGUGAAAGGGUUGGAAAUCCCUUUUGAGUCUAUUUCAUUUUUUCCAUUUUUGGAAAAUAAACUAACUUUGGCACAAGAAAUAAGUAUUCUGAAUAUUAAUUGAAUUUAAGCUAAUAAAAAAGCAUCCAACAUUUGGCUACUUAAUGUGUACUGGAAAAAAACCAAGCUUAUUUCAGUUCUGAUUACGUGUAUAUUGUAAAUAUCACCUAAUUCAGAACAAGUUGAAAAGAAAACCAUACAUCUAAACUGAUGACUUAAAGAUUGAUUGAUCUAAAGUAUAGCUUUAUGAUUAGAUAGCGGUUUUACUUUACUUUCUAAUAAAGUGUACUUUUGAAAAGUCACUUAAGAUGUCCUUAUUAGAAAAAAUUUUAUCAUUGUGCCAGAAAAUUUCAUCAAAACAGAAACGGGGCUUUAUUUGCUCUCCAGAAUACAACAGACAGGUUUUGCUACUAAGCAUUGCUUUAUUUGCCAAGUCAGUCUGCUCUCUAACACCAGGUGUGUGUUUUGUUUUGUUUUUUUAAUAACACUCAUUAAGUGAAUAAAAAGUGCCUUGAAAUCCAUGGUACCAUGAUAAAUAUGUUUCUUAUAUGCUGGAAAGGUGUUGGUGCAUUUAUCCUACAAGUAUUCUAGCAAAUGUUUUCUGCAUAUCGAUCUGGACCUAAUUAUCACCACCUGUAUUCAAAGCUGACUUAAAAUACUACAUUUAGUGUAUUUAUUGUGAUGAAAUGUGUAGCAUAUUGCCUUAAACAAAAUGUAUUCAUACCUAAUAUGUUAGAAAAAAAUCUCCACUGUGUAUAUCUCAGUCAUGGUUAAAUUAAGUUAAAAACACAAAAUCAUUAUUCAAUUUUACCAGAGAAGCAAAACUUGAUAGUAAAUAUUGUUUUGUUAAUGACAUUUCUUUUGGUUUUCCUAAAAUGCAUUAUUAUUUUCAGUAUAAAUGUGUGCUUAUGUGUUUCAGAUGGACAAGCUGUAAACACUACAUGAAACCAAACUGCUUAAAAUACAAUUACAGGUGACAUUUGUUAGAAUUCAGCAAUUCCUUUUCCAAUUUCUUCAACAAAAUGCUCUCCUAGAUUAGGCUGUGCAUUCAGUCUAAAUUUUUCAAUUGUUAACUAACCAUACUGUGAAUGUAAAACCUUCUGUCAUUCCCGGUUGUUUAUAUGAUUCAUAAAAAACAUAACUUUCCUAAUUUGUUUACAAAUUGUUCUUUCUCAUUUGAGUAAGACAUAUUUAAAAGCUCUAUUUGAAAAAAUCCCUACUUAGAAAUCUCCACAUUUUUAUGUCUCAGUAUUUUAAGGGAUAUGAAUGAAAAAAGUCAAAUUCUAAAGUCAAGCCUAAACAAAAUAUCCUGGCAGCUAGCUCUCCUAUAUACAGGUACUAACAUCCACCAAUUUUACUGUAAAAUUCAGGUAAUUGUGAAUGAAGCGUUUACUCUUUUGUUAGCCCCAGUAAAAGCAUAUUUGUAUGUGUGUUGGCGGCUCUUUACUCUGCCUGAUCAGAAAUUUGAAUUAAUGUUUAAUAAAAAAAAAAGUUUUUAUAAUUCAUUUUUUAGACACUGGAGUUUAACAAAUAUAUUUAUUAUGCAAAACACUGGAAAUUACAAGAUUGUAAAAUAAAAUUGAAUUGUGAAUUUUUA